UUGCUAGAAAACACUGACAUAGUUGUGAAGGCCCAAAGCGGGUAUUGCUUUUACAAUUGUAGUUGAUAAAUAGCAUGCAAAAUGGAGGAGAACCUUCACGGUGAAGUAGAUUUUGACUUUUUUGAUUCACCUAAAGUGCCCGAAUCGUCCAAGAAGCCGCCAUCGGGUAAACAUAGCGAUCGGAAAAGAGCAGACUCGCCGCCAAGGAGUCGACAUGAUUCCAACUCAGAUCGAAGUAGUGUUAGAAAAAUUGAAGCUCGGGUACCCAAAGUUGUUGACAAGCGCAGUGAUAGUUCAGAUAGUGACAGUGAGGGCAACCACCCAAAAAGAUCUUACAGCGAGUAUAAGAAAUCGAAAAGAGAAAAAGCUAGGCGAGGCAGUGGAACUGAUACUUCUCUAACUACAACAGAAAUAGAUUCUAACACAGGGAAAAUGAUAGGAAGACGUAAUGCUUGGUCAGAUUCGGAUGAAGACAAAGACAGAAAAAGUAAGACAAAAAGUGAUAAGCACAGUGAUGAGAACAGAAGCAAAAGAUCAAAGAGAAAAGAUGAUAAAACCCGAGAACUUUCAAGAUCAAGAUCAAGAUCUGAUUCCGAUCACAAAAAGAGGAGUUCACGAAAAAAGUACUCGGAUGAAAGUGACACCACAGAGUCCACUUCAAGCAGAUCCAGUAGAUCAGGUGAAAGAUCUCGUCAAAGGAGAAGAUCGCGUUCAAAAUCACAAUCCAGAUCACGAUCUAGAUCAAAAUCACGGUCAAGGUCUCGGUCUCGGUCUCGCUCACGCUCUCAUUCCAGCUCUACAAGUGAUAGCUCUACAAGCACCAGUGUUUCAUCGUCUUCAGAUAAUGAAAUAACUGAUGUGUCACCACUGCCUUCUCCAGAUAUUAGCCCUAAGGGCUCACCACCAAGAAUGUAUAAAAAAGAUCACAAGAAACAUAAGAGCUCUGGCAGCAAAGAGAUGUAUAGCCCAAGACACAAAGAUACUGUGCAAUAUGAUAGCAAAGGCAAUGCAUAUGAUGAAUCUAAGUAUGCCCGCACUAACUAUAGAGAUGAGCUUCUUAGAACAUCAGAGGACCAGAUGGAUUUACGGUCCCUCUUACAGGCAGUCUUAGAGAUGGACAAAAAAGAACAAAAACAAAACCGUGGUCCGAGUGGGCAGAGAUUUGUGCUGGUCCCUGUGCCUUCAAAGGGAAAUCGUAAAAACUUUUCUUUUACUAAUGAUAAAGUGAGACAAAUAGACCAAGAAAAUAAAAGACUGCUAGAAAAGAUUAUGAGAGAAAAGAGUGCAACUGCUGCGGCUAAGAAGAAGAAGACACCUGCCAAAAUUGCAGUUGAUCCUCCAGUUCGCAGGGUCACCCAUGCCACUGUUAAUCGACAGAGGGAACAGAGAAGAAUUGAAUUAGAAAACCUGGAAAUAUUAAAACGUCUCCAAAACGUGGGUCCCACACAGGGCAUGAGCCGCACAGAGCAACUCGAUGAAUACAAGCGCCAAAUGUUAUUGGGCGUACCAACCUAUGGCCUUGAUCUUCACCAACCAGGGUAUAUUCCGCAAACAAACUACGCAACCAGGAGGACCAGACCGAGCUCAGCAACAAAGAGGCCAAGCAAUCCGUACACAGCUUCAGCCGCUCUGGGAAAGAAGUCCCAGAGUUUAACCAGCCUUAGGUCAGCAUCUGGUAGUUCUGGGAAACGGAAUAGCUUGGUGAAUGGGAAGACAAGACCUCAGAGUGCUAAACAGAUGCUGUCUAGCAGGCCUGACUGGGAAGCAGGGUGGUGAUUGGUGAAAAGUUAAAAAAAAAGAAAAAAAAAGAUAAUUAGUUCAAUAUUACUGUUUGAGAUGAUAUGAGGCAUUAAACAAGACUUACCUAUAAGCAUCUCAGGCAUCAGGCAGUGUUGCAGAUCUACAGAAAUUUAUGCUGAAAAUAGCAAUUUGUAUCAUACCAUUUCAGCGAAUUGUAGAUGUUGGAAUUCACAACUGAUUUGCUUGACCUAUGCAUUCAUAUUAUGUGAUGGCACACUCUAAUUGAAAUAGCUGUUUAAGUUUUGUAUUUUAAGAUGAACCUUCAGUUUUUGAUGUGGACCCAUUGGGUGGGUGGCCACAGAGAACAAUCUCUAGUUAAUCGACUUAAUGCUUUGAAAACCAUCAUGUCCCUUAAGAUUAUAUACAAAGUUCCAGGGGCUUAGUUUUGCCUUCCCCAGUCUGGUUUGUUUAUUAGUCUUAUGAAAAAUAUGUUUACCAUGAAAUUACAUUUUUUUAUAGUCAAAUUAUACACCACAGGCAGUAUAUUUACUGCUGCUUUACUCAUUAAUAGUCAAUAAGCAUGGAGCACUACUGCGUCAAUAGCUGUUGAAUGUCUUUUUCUAUAGCUCUGUUGAUCAAUAAGUCACCCAUCUGUAUCAGUCGGAGACUUAAUAUCCUACUGAAGCUCACAUUUAGAGUGCAAUUUAUGUUCACAUUUCUGUAAUGACACACUUGUUAAUCAUUUUUUUGCUGAUGGCAGUGUACAUAAUAUCAUGUAUAGGCUCUGAAAUGCACACCAUCUGAAGAAUUCAUUAGAGAAUAUAUAUUAAUUUAGAGUUUGAAUGUGUAUACUUUAAAUCAAUGAGGUUUCAUAAUUUUGAAUCAAGACAUGACUCUUUAAAGAUAAAUGUAAUCAGGUCAGACAUGUGAGUCAAUAUUUUUUCUUUAUAAGAAAACUUAACAUUUACAUCUGUAUCAAUAUGUGAUUUAGGGCUAUGUAUAUAUAUGACAUUAUUGGUAACAAAUUUGGGUUAAGUCAUUGGGAGAUAAAUGUUCUUAAUAUGUUCAAGAUUAUGUAACAGGAACAACAAACUUGGUCAUGAGCUAGUUAGUUGUCUUUAAAUUACUUUGACCCCACGGCCAGUCAGUAUAAAGAUAUUUGUACUUAUAGUUUGGAAUGUGUGGGAGCACCUUUAAAAUGAAACAGGGUUGUUAUUAUAUCUUGCUAUGCCAUUUGUAGAGAUCUGCACCUGUACUAUAAAAGCACUGUUUUUAAUGCUAAAAUAUCUUUGCUAUUAUAUGAAGGUGCUAUAAAAUCCUUGGUGUAAGUUUUGAAGGGUAAUUUUCUGCUAUGUGUUGCUCAUUAGAUAGAAUGCUGCACACAUCUUAAAAAUGAUUCAGGUUAAAAUUUCAAAUAAUUUUUUAAAUUUUGGUUCCAGCUAAACAACUUUAGUAGUAGUGUAGAUAACAGUGUUAUGAAUUGUCAUUUUACAUCCACAUUUUUUGGCCAAAUAAUGAGUCAAAAUUUGUAUGUGUUUUUUCAGAAUUUACUUUUUUGUAUAAUAUUUUGAAAUGGGGCAUAUGACUUUAUAAAUGAGAGAAAACUAUAUUUCAUAAUGUAUGUUUGACAUCAUGGUUAAUAUAAUUUAAUGAAAUUGAUGUAAAGAGGAAGAAUAAAUUUGAUCUCAUCUCCAUAAGUGAAAAAUAUUCUUAAUAUUAAAAGGCUCUAGCUUUCAGCAUUGUCUUAUUCACACUGUGUAUAUACAGAUGGCUUCUCUAUUCAAGCCAACUUUUUUUUUCUUUGCCAAAUGAAAGCUUAUCAUGUGAUAUAUUUCUUUGACAAUCAUGAUGUAGAUCUUGAACUUUGCAAUUUUUUUGUUAAUUUGACUUUACAUUAGCAUUCAAUAAACUAUUCAACUGA